AAUAAGCGAUGGAUGGUGAUUAUUUCAAAAGCUACGAAAACCUUUCUAGUCACGACGUGAUGCUGAAAGACACGCGUCGUCUCAAGUUCUACCGCGAGUUCUGCAAUUCAUGCAGCUCGAAAUUCAUCAAAGACAAAGUUGUUCUGGAUCUAGGCUGUGGCACUGGUGUUUUGUCCAUGUAUGCAGCAUCUAGUGGAGCCAAACUGGUUUACGCAGUGGAAGCAAGCGAGGUUGCUAUUCUGGCCAGAAAAGUGAUUCAGGAAAAUAAGAUAAAAAAUGUAAAGGUUAUUCAAGGAGCCAUCGAGAAGGUGACUCUGCCUGAAAAAGUGGACGUGAUAAUCUCGGAGUGGAUGGGCUUCUACCUUGUUCACGAGGGAAUGCUCUCUUCCAUCAUCUACGCACGUGAUCACCUUCUCAAACCAGAUGGACUCAUUUUCCCCAAUCGUGCCACCCUCUUUGCGUCACCAGUGGACUUGAAGUCAUUCUACGAAACAAAUUUUUCUGUUUACGACUCAAUCGAUGGCUUUUCCAUGAAGUGCUUGAAAAAUCUACUUUGGCAGGAACGUCUUAAAAGUCCAGUGUGUGAAUCAGUAUCACCGAAAUCAGUCCUUGCCUUUGCGACUAGCAUUGUCAAUUGGAACUUAGACAGCUUGACGCUUGACCAGUUAAAUGAUAUUUCUCAGACGACCAAAUUUGAUGUUAGUUUAGCUGGAACUUUACGAGGCUUGACUUUUUGGUUUUCUGUGUCUUUUCAGUCCGCAGAUUUCUGUUCAGUUUUGGAUACAAGUCCCUAUUUACCUGAAACGCACUGGAAACAAACUUCAGUUUUCUUGCCUAAAUUUACAGAAGUUGAAAAAGGGGAUAAGGUGGUGAUUGAAAUUAAACUUGAAAAGAGCAAAGAAAAUCCAAGGUGGUAUGAAAUUAGCGUGGAACAGAAAUCCCUCUUGGAAAAAAGUUUCGAUCCAGUUGGCUCCCUGACAAACGCCGGAGACGGAAAAUUAAAUGGCUCAUCAAAAUUAGAUGAAGCUAAUGCAGAAAGGUCGGAGGAUGAAUUGGGCGAUGAUAAUGACGUAAUAGCAGCUCUGAUUGGUGCAUUGAGUGAAAAGUAUGACGUAGAUCCGAAUGAAAUUGCCCAAGUGAUUGCAAAUAACGCAAAUGACUCUGAUACUGAAAUGGACUGAGUUGUUCAAAUAUCUUGUUGCAAAUUUGAUUCUAUUUGAAUUUAUCUUCCGGUUUUCCCGUUUCUACAUGCAUAGCUAGAUGAAAU